AUGUCGACAGCAGCAGCAGGUAGAGCGUUUAGACGGUUCUGGCAGAGCGAGACGGGCCCGCGCACGGUGCACUUCUGGGCGCCGACGCUGAAGUGGGGCCUGGUGGUGGCGGGGAUUUCCGACAUGCAGCGGCCGGUGGAGCGGGUGUCCGGGACGCAGAACCUGUCCUUGAUGGCGACGGCGGUGAUCUGGACGCGGUGGUCGUUCGUGAUCCGGCCGAAGAACUACCUUUUGGCGAGCGUGAACUUCUUCCUGGGGCUGACGGCGUCGUACCAGCUGGCGCGGAUAGCGCGGUACCGGUUGCGCGAGGGCGACAGUGCGGGGGAGGUGCUAAGAUAUAUAGUGAACGGGCCACGUGACCCUGCGGGGGCCGCGGCGUGA